AUGGACCAACGUGGGGAACAGGAUGGCAGGGAGGGUGUUGGCUGUGAUCGUAAUGGUCAAGUGAAUUGCAUAUGGUUGCCUUCAAGAAACCUUGAAGGAACAAUCUCUACUUCAAUUAAAAGCCUCAGCCAUCUAAAAGAACUCAACUUUGCACAUAAUAAGUUAUCUGUUCGUCUCCCUGAUGGAUUGUUUUUGUCACUGAAUAGACUGGAAAUUCUGGACUUCAGCUAUAACCGGCUAUCUGAAGAAUUUCAGCCAUUUGAUCACUUUCCAGUUUCCAUCAAAAUGGUUGAUCUCUCAAGCAACGGAUUCAGCGGGGUACUUCAUUGUUCAUUCCUCCUGCAAGUAUGGAGUUUGAUUGGUUUUAAUGUCAGCAACAACAGCUUCUAUGGCCCUCUACCUACUGUCAUCUACAACUUCCUCUACUCUUCAAUUACUAUUGUUAAUUUUUCAUUCAAUUAUUUUAAUAGCUCUAUUCCUAAUGGUUAUGGGAGAUGCUCGAAAUUGAAGAUACCAUGUGCAGGUUUCAAUUCAAUCACAGGAUCUCUUCCUGAUGAUAUAUAUCAGGUGUCAACUUUGCAAGAGUUAUCCCUUCCAGGAAAUGGAAUAUCAGAUCAGAGGUCCAAUGCUCAAUUGGAUAGGGACUUUGCCAAACCUAUUUUACUUAGAUUUCUGAACUUUCUCUCGGGUCCCCUACCAAGAUCAGUUGCAAGAUUGUCAAGACUAGCAUCUGAGCUGAUUGCUAAUCGACUAGUCCGUGCAUCCAAUGAGUUGCCUGUGCUCCUUGUUCAGCCCAUGAGCAGACACUUAUAUCUACAUAAUCAGCUUUCUAGAUUGCCGCUGGGUAUAUAUCUGAAUGGACAUAAUCUCACUGGAACCAUUCUUGUCAGUAUUGGCGAAUUGCACGUACUUAAUCUCAGUCACAACAAUUUCACAGGCAGCAUUCCUGAAACAGUAUCUCACCUGAUUAGCUUGGAAAAGCUGAGCUUUUCUGAUAACUCACUUUUUGGUGAAAUUCCUUCGUCACUCAAGAAACUGCACUUCUUUCAGCGUGGCAAACAACGAUCUACGGCUCAAUACCCACUGGAGGUCAGCUUGAUACAUUCUCAAAGGAAAGUUUUGGAAGGGAAUCCACAUUUAUGUGGUUCAGAUUUUCAGCGCCCUUGCUCUGAUCCACCAAAUGCACCUGUACAAAUGCAAUCUUCAGAACAUACGGAAAAUUCAGAAAUCAGAGUCACAUUUUAG